CUUCAAACCUCAUCCCUUCUCUCUAAAUCUUGAAAAUCGCAUCGGCAACAGUUGGUAAGUAUGCUCAUGCUGAGUUUGAAGAGCUACCAGUGUGUCUGUGGGCUCCCACGGACGUUUCAUGGAAGGUGUUUGGAGCGUCUCCUUCCACACCUCUGAUUGCACUCAGGAGAUCACGAACAUCUUGCGUUGCCUCCGUCUCCGUCUGAUUUCAACAUAUGGAGUGGAAAGGAACGGUGGAAGGGAAAGCCGGAUAAACGACAGCUGUUGACGAAAGAGCGUUUUUGUCCAGUCCCCCAGAAACGCACAAACGACCGAAAUGCCACGCUAUCAACCACUCUCCCUGGACCCAUCGGAAUCGACUCCACACCGACGGUCGAAAACUGCGUUCUACUGCGGCUGGUGCGGGGAUGUGAUCAUUCAGCUGUUCGAUAGCAUUUCGCAUAAGUUCCCGUCGAGGAUUGCGUUUGUGGGAUAUCUGUCGGGCGGCCUGUUUGCUGUUGCCUGGUGGACGUUCAUUGAUGGGCUGACCUAUGCACGAACGCGACCAGAACCGUUGCCGGUGUCGACGGGUGUGGAGGAUUGGAUUCCGGGGAUCUUAUCGACGUUGGCACUGAUUAUUGUGAAUCUUAUCGACCGGGAAAUGUUGAACAGCGAAGGGGACGGCUCGUUUGGCGGCCCCAACAUCGCUACGAGAGCACGGGGAUGCGCUUUCGUAGGCGUCUCCAUCGCUCUCGGAUCUCUUGGUGGCGGAUUCGCCGUAACAUUUUUGAAGUACAUUCUGCAACAUCACACAUCCGGUGAUGAAGCGUACCUCGGUUAUUGUAUAACUCUGCAGAACAUCUUGAUCUUUGCCUCAUCAAUGAUUUUAUGGUUCGGACGUAAUAGUGGGAACGACUCUCAAGCAUUCCCAGGAUAUUGAUAGCGUUAAUGCGAAACCAUGGCCCUAGGUGGUCGGCAACAGAUUUUGUACAUUCUUAGCAGCCUGAAACCCAUUCUCUCCUGCAACAUGUUGGCCUUUCCCAAAUAUAAUGGCGCGAUGCAGGCAUCCUGUACUGCAUCGGCCAGUUGACUCGA